AUGGCAUCUCGUUCGGUUUCUCGUUUCCAAUGGCAUGUCGCGCCAGCUAGAUUUCCGUCGCGACGGCAGCUCUCGACUCCCUCAAAAUCCCCACCAACGCCCAAGGACUUUCGCUCUCGCCUACGCCAAUUCAACGAUCGCCUCCCUCCAUUUCUCCGUACAUACACAACACCCCUACUGGGAGCUCCGGUGACCCAUGUUGCCUCGUUCCUCAUCUUGCACGAAAUAACAGCGAUUGUACCCUUAUUCGGGCUGGUCGCAGCAUUCCACUACGGCAACUGGAUGCCAGAUAUAGCAUCAGGUUCCGGGGAAAACAAUGCAUUCGACGAAGGGGUUGCGCGCUUUGGUCGUUGGCUAAGGAAGAAAGGCUGGGCCGAUGAAUCCGACGUCAGUGUCGUUGCGGAGCAUGAAGCAAUGGCACCUGGCGAUCCAAGCAAGACGGAGAGGGCUGGCGUGCGCUUGGUUCUCGAAUUUGCGACAGCUUAUGCGAUUACAAAGGCUCUAUUGCCGGUUCGCAUAGCGGGAAGUGCGUGGGCAACACCGUGGUUUGCGAAAGCCGUUCUUACCCCAACCACUCGAGCAGUCAGGUGGCUGAUUGGGAGGGGUCGGUAUUGA